ACUCGACAUAUUUCUGAAUUUCAGUAUCGGUAAAUCAUUGAAUGAGUCGGUUGUAAGUCCGGUUUUUGGUUGACAAUAGCUACGCGUGACCGUAAACAUUUCCAUUUUGAAUAAUAUUUAUUAUCGAUAACCAUCAAUAAGUGGUCCUACCUUUGUGCCACCCUUUUUGACACUCAAUCAACAAAAAUUUUGCGGCCGUAGUGAAAUGUAAAGCUCUUUUUGUUUGCAUGCAAGAUUUGUGUACACAAAAGAAAAUUACAUUUUUGAUGGAAACGGUGAUUCAUAGUUUCGGGAACACCUCGGUUAUGGCGAAAUUUCAUAAUUGAGAAAAAAAAAAUAUUUUCGAAUUAUUUCCAACAUAAAAACUUGAUAUGUUUAUUGAGUACACACGUUUCCAUAAAUGAAAAUUUUAAUUGCACAAAACCAUUGGGAAAACAUAUAUGAAUCUAGUGUUGCGUGUACGUACAGUAGCACAACAUUACGACAGUGUGUGAUCACAUAAUCGAAAAUAUCACCGCACCAGCAGUUAAUAUAACGACGAAAUAGAAAAAAUACUGAAACGAAAAGUAAACACGAAGGAAUAUUAUGGCACAACAAGUACAGUUGCCCAGUCAACUGAAUGUUGAGGCGGGUAAUCAGAAUGGAAAUAGACAGCAACAUGAAACGAUCCCGUUGCAUCGAAUGGGCUCGUCCAUCUCACAACAGGAACGAGCUGAAGCAGCAGAACGACGACGAAUGAGACAAAUAUUCAGCAUGUUUGACAGAGAUGGUGAUGGCUAUCUGGGCAUUUGUGAAAUGAAACAGUUGAUUCGGCGACACCAGUGCGAUGCCAUACCGAAAGGGGUAGCCAGACAGAUACUCGAAGUGGCCGACGAUGAUGGCGACGGGCGAUUGGAUUUCGAAGAGUUUUACGCCAUGUCACAGGAACACAAUUGGCUGUUCAAGGGAUUCGUUGUGAAAUAUUGUCGAAUGAUUGUGCCAUCGCCGCAUCGGGAAGAGGUUGACGAAACAGACAGCCUGAGAUCUCGAGGAUUAACGUCUCGAGCAUUUGCAAGAGGAGUAAGCGUUGUAUCUUCUGAUUAUGUAGAUGGACAGUACGAGAGAAGUAUGAAAUUUUGUCCACCACCGCUGACGAUGAUAAUAUUUUCGAUUGUGGAAAUCAUCAUGUUCUUGGUCGAUAUCAUCAUUUUGCAAGACGACGAAAGCAAUCAAAAAGAAAUCGGCGAAUCGACGAGCGGCCCAGCUGCAUCAUUGUUCAUUUACCAUCCGUACCGCAGAUAUGAAGCCUGGCGAUUCGCUUCGUACAUGUUUGUCCACGUUGGCAUCAUGCACAUUAUGAUGAAUUUGAUCAUUCAAAUAUUCUUGGGUGUGGCGUUGGAAUUGGUGCAUUGUUGGUGGCGUGUCGCAUUGGUGUAUACGGCCGGAGUUGUAGCCGGUAGUAUGGGCACAUCGAUCAUAAAUCCGCGGAUAUUCUUAGCUGGCGCUUCUGGUGGAGUUUACGCACUGAUUACUGCUCACAUCGCGACGAUCAUAAUGAAUUGGUCCGAAAUGGAGUACGCUCUGGUGCAAUUAUUCGUCUUUCUCAUAUUCUGUGUCACGGACGUUGGUUUCUCCAUUUAUCGCCAUUUGACCGAUGUACACGAUCAAGUCGGCUAUAUGGCGCAUUUGUCGGGAGCUGUGGCUGGAUUGCUGGUCGGCAUUGGAGUGUUACGAAACUUAAAAGUACGGCCAUGGGAGCGAAAACUCUGGUGGUGUGCCGUAACGUUGUACUUUCUACUGAUGGGUGCCGGUGUUCUUAUUCACAUUUUCUACACUGAUCACUUUCCCCGUUCUCAACCAUAUCAGAAGCAAUAUUUUUAAGUAAAGUUAAGAGACAAAACGGUGCAUUUAUAGUAAGAGGGAGGGAGAUAGAGAGAUUGGAAUGUAGAAGACGAGGAGGGUAUUGACGACAGUUUUUUAUACAAAGAAAAGGUUUAUCGACACAGUAAUUGACUUAAUUGAAUGAAUUGACUAUGAUUUAUCGAAAAAAAAAAUUGAUUUUGUAGAAGGAUAUUUCGACAGUUUAGACGACUUUUCACAUCAUUUUCCAAUCGAAUCGUUGAAACAGACCGAACUUACACAACUUUUGAAACGAGAUUGACCUGGCCUGUAAUAAUAUUUCAGUAAGAAUGGGCUAUGGAAGGCAUAAUCGACGAAAUGUAUGAUAAAAAUCUUGAAGUAAUAGAUUAUAUAUAUCAUAGGCUCUAAACGAAUGAAGUAAUAGAUUAAAAUGAUUUCGUUAAGAUACGCCUGCGGCCUGCCGUUUCUUAGUGGUUGUUUGUCUCGACAUAAAAAUCAGUGAAAAGUCGACAAUAAAACAUUUUCUUACUAAAAGUGAGCUACGACGUGAGAAAAAAAAAUUCUAAAAGACGAUGAGUAUUCUAACCUUCGUGUAAAUUUCUAAAACUUGUAAAGGCUGUCCAAUGAUGUAGUUAGUAAUAAUAAGGAA